AUGACAGACAAGGGGAACCCACCGCCAAGUUAUGAUCCAGGACAGAACCAAGGAUACCCUCCACAGCAGGGGUACCCUCCACAACAAGGGUACCCCCCUCAACCCGGGUAUGCCCAGCCAGGGGCGGUGAUGUACAGCCCUGGUCAACAAGGCGUGGUGACAGGACAGCCCUAUGGCGGCGCCACCGUCGUGGUCACCCAAGCAGCGCCGCGUCCGGCAAGCUAUCUGGGUUUCUCCAUAUUUGUAUUGCUUUGUUGUAACUUGCUUUGUGGAAUCAUUGCCUUAAUAUUUUCAAUAAUGUCCAGCAGUGCAGCAGACCGUGGUGACACGGAGACAGCACGUUCUCACGGCAAGGUGGCGCUGGGGCUUAACAUCACCGGUAUCGUGUCUUCAGUCAUCAUUGUGGUCGUCGUGGUCAUCUUGGUCUUUACCGCCCCCUAUUUAUUCUGGGCAGCAGCCGCGUCCGCUAUCAAUACUUACGGAUAG